CAUUAAAAAAUAAAAACGAAUGAAACAUACCGAAACGCUUUAGAAAUAGUGUAAUCAGAUUCAGGUAUUCUUGACGUUUUCUUAAUUCUCAAUAUCUUACAAAUAUAAGAAAGCAAUUCAUUAAAUACGUAGAAAAAAGCGAUAGACAAUUGAUUAUGUUGUAUUAUUUCAAUCUGUAUUAUACUUAUAUAAUAAUAUGAAUGAUACCUAUAUAUUUAUACAUAUAUCUAUGGAAAAAGUAGAAUUUUAGCAUACUUUUUCUACUGCGGAUCCCUGUACAACUGGAUUUAUUGGAAAGGGGUCUACUUGCUGAAAUUUGUUAAUAAAGAAAUAAGGGCUUACAGCCUUCAAUGUUACAUUGCAAUGGCUUAUCCAAAUUUUUCAAUUCGUCAUACUACAUAUCAAUAUACACAAGCUACCAUUUUCGCAACGUUGGCCCAUCCUGUACCUGUGUAUCAUGGGUUAACGACCUGCCCAUCUACCUGCUCAUGCUGGUUCAGAUCCCAUUCCCCUGUUCACAGGCAUUAAACUUCAGGUACUCACAGUAGUGAGAACUUUGCUAGACUACCUGAAACCUAAAACUCGUAUCUAUACUUCUUUUUUGUUGUAAAAAUGACUGCUCAUGUAUUGUGCCUAACAUCUUCCGGAGGAAUUCCAGUUUUUGUCCGAAAAAAAGGGGACGGUGAUAUGAUAACGUUUUCGAAAAUGGCAUCGCUGAAUGGUGUGCACAUGUUUUUGAAGUCCCAGAACAUUGAACUACUGUGCACAGACAUGCCGGACACGAAUGUUGUCUGGAAAGAAUUCGAAGAUAGCAUAUUACUGAUAGCCAUAGCCAGUGGUACGACGAAUAAUGUUCUGAACAGAUUUCUAGAAGCUGUUUUCAGCGCGAUGAUCCUCAUCGUUGGCAUAGAUGAAAUUAAAAAUCCAAGGAAUGUUGAGAGGUUGAAGCGAGACCUGCGCGUAUGCAAUCCAAUUAUUGACAGACUACUCGAGUGCUUAGACAUCGGAGAUCGGAUAUGCACCAAGACGGACUUGGUUGACAUGACUGAUAGUAUUAUGAGUCCCGAGAAUCACUUGCUGCAGAGCUGCCUUGAGGGGUACAUGGAAUGUCUGGAUUCUUUGUACGGCUGCGUUUUGGUGCAUGGCUGCUUGGCGGUUGCAACUGAGAGUUGGUGGUCUUUAGACCCAAUUGAAAGAAAAUUGCUGAUAAUUGCAGCAACUUGUGAUGGAACUUGCACUGCAAGAGAUCUUCCAGUAUUCCUGCCAAAUAAGAGUCCGAAUGUCGCUUUCAGGUUAGUCUCUGUUACUCUAGUGAAUCACAUUGAAGUCCUAGCUUUGUGUGGACCAACACCUGAGUUGGCCGAAACGGAACGAUUGGCUAUUCAGAGUUGGCGGAGUAGUAUAGACAUCCUGCGAGCUGCCGAGCAAUGCUAUCCCAGAAAUUUUCCUGCCAGUGUAUCAUUGGAUUCUGAGAUACUAGGAUUUUUGUUGGCCAACCAUGUGAUAGGAAAAUUUGUUCUGAGUCGGAAUUCGCAAAACUCGAAGAACCGAGUCAGUGGCACACACAGAUUGGACAUUUUGAGAACGUUUUACUAUCAAGCUGUGGAAACAUUUUUGCUCUCUGGUCCAUCCUCGGAUCGCGAUACUGAAGAAACCGACGAGUCGGUAAAACCAUCGAAGCCGAAACACGGGCAGGUAUUUGAAGGUGCUAAAGAAACUUACUGGUGUUCAGAGUUUCACAAAUGUCAUGCUCUUAAAGAGGGCGACUAUGUCUUUUGCGUAUUAUAUACGUCCAUAGUUCCUACACAUACGAUGAGACUUAUUUCCCAAAAAACUCUCAAAACGCUUCUUGCUGAUAAACAAGUUUUUUGGUAGCAGUUUCUUGAAACGUUUUUAUUUUAAUUUUAUAGCGAAAUAAUUUGUUCUGCUAUGAAAUAUAAAA